UGUGGCGAACUUCUAAUUUUCGAAUUAAGUUGACGGUCAUAAACCACCGGUUUAGGGUUCCGACGACAUGUGUGGAAUUUGGUGAUUUGAUAACAUUGUUUACUUUCUCAAAGUAAAACUGACAGAAGUGAAGUUGGAUUGUUUUUGUAUUAAAGAUCCCGUGGACAUUAUAUUUCAUUUUCAAGUAUAUAGUAGCCUAGCCUAGGGCCUAUCUUUCUAUUUUUAAGGCUAGGCCAGGCCCAUUUGUAAACAACAAAUCUGGCCGGCUAGCUAGCCUAGGCCCAGAAGGCUACCGAUUCUUAUCGUUUGACAAGCUUAGGCUAGGCAGGCCUAUCACCUUCCGUUACCAAGGAGCUGUUUACAUUUCAACAGAAGUCUCGUCUGUGGAAUAUACCGGGUUUUUCUGUUUGUAACGAUCGUACAAACAGAAAAAGGACUAGGCCUAGGAAUGCAUUCGAAAAUAAUGUCAGAAGAAAUUAGCAGUCGUUAUCGACAAGGAGACUUCAAUGAUCACUUCUCAGUUCUUCAUGAGCUUGGGCGGGGGCGCUUUGCUGUGGUUCGGAAGUUUCAGCAUAAGAAGACACAGAAAUUCUAUGCUGCAAAAUUUAUUCGAAAACGGAAGAAAGGAAAGGAUUGCAGCGUAGACAUCAUCAAAGAGAUCCAGAUUCUAGAACUGACCAAUGACCAUCCUCGACUCAUCGACCUAUAUGAGGUGUAUGAGACUCAACAUGAGGUCAUACUAGUCUUAGAGUUCGCUGGUGGCGGAGAAAUCCAUCCUUACUGUGUGGCUGACAAGGGAGAAGCCUUCACAGAGAAUGACGUGCGUCGCCUUGUCAGACAGAUCCUUGAGGGUGUUCAGUUCUUGCACGACCAGAAUAUAGUUCAUCUUGACCUCAAGCCUCAAAAUAUUCUAUUAACCGAGCAUAUAAGUGCUAGAACAUCAAGUAAUAUUAAGUUGAUUGACUACGGCAUUGCACGUUUCAUUAAUGGCGAAACCGAACUACGAGACAUUGUCGGCACACUGGAUUAUGUGGCUCCGGAGGUAAUCAACUACGACCCCAUCACCUUGGCGAGUGAUAUUUGGAGCGUGGGCGUGCUGACGUAUGUCAUGCUCACUGGCAUUUCACCGUUUUUAGGCGAUUCAAAGCAAGAAACUCUACUCAACAUCUCGCAAAUUAAUUUAGAAUUUCCAGAAGAUAUUUUCGAAGACAUCUCAGAAGAAGCUAAAGAUUUCAUCAAACGAUUGUGUGUCAAAGUUCCAAAUGAACGAUACACAUCUAAGGAGUGCCUUAACCAUCCAUGGCUACAAGUCUCAAUUGGGAGUUCAAACGAACAAGUGUCUGAGGUCAACUCCAAUGAACUUGAAUGCAAAGAUAAAACGCACAACCACCACUGUAGGUUGGAGUCAACAAAUACAGACAUGGACAAGCAAAUGUAUGAAAGUAGUGUUCAAACCUUAAUACCUACAGUGAUACGACAGUGUUCAACUUGUGGAGAAGAGAAAGAACUAAACGAAGAGACAAAAAUGGAGGAGUCAUUUUCGGAGCACAUUGAAACAGAGGACACAAAAAUGGAGGUUACACAAACGAUAGAUUCGCGGUUAGAAAGGUUGGAGGAGCCCUUUGACAAGCACCAGAUGCCACAUAGUCCUCAGGGUAUACGCAGAACCUUGUCGAUCAAUAAGGAGAAUAUUCCGCAAGAUUUGACAGAACCAAAGCGAUUCAAAAUGGAGCAGCGCAAACAGGAGCAGGUUGUCUGCUAGUCAAUAAAAACAUUAAAACUGGCUGGUAGUCUUCUAGACAAACACUGUGUACCGUACACAAAAGUAGUCUGCCGGGCAAGUGUUUUCUCAAGACAGUUUUCUGAACGGUUUGCUUGCCCGCAUACAAUGAGAAAAAAGGUUUAUAUAUUGUCGAUGAUUGUCAUAUAGUGGAUAGCCCCACCUCUAGCCUAGAAAGGCCGAUUCAAUGAGUGUUUAUUAUUGGACAGUCAAGCAGUAGUGUCGACUACACAUGAGCAGUUUGCUCAAAGUAAGAGCAAGUGGUGAGCAUUAUGCCUCAAGAGACAAAUAUAAAAAAAACAAUACUUUGCUCACUGUCUCACGAGGCAGAAUUCUUUCUAAAAUCUUGUUCACACGUUGAAUAAGUGUGACAAGAGGCCUUUUGCUGAGCAAACUGCUCUCGUGUGCAAUAGGCUUAAGCAAAUAUAUCACUACAGCCAUCUGCUAAGUAUACAAUAUAACAAAAUACAAUUUAAUGGUCUAUUAGAUAGACAAUAACAAAAUAUAAGACAAUACAAGAUUUUGUUGUUGAAGAGUUUAUUAUUAGAAUUUUAAGUAAUUAAAAGAAAAUGGACACACCUUUAGAUUAAAUAUUUAAAAUCUUUGUAUUUAAUUCCUCAAAUAGUAAAAAUAUAUAUAUUGUUUUACCAAACUGAUUCUAAAUAGACUUUGAAAUUGAAAGUUCUAAUUAACUUUCUAAUAUCAAUUAUAAGAUGAUGAAAUUUAAAAAUGAGUUUGACCAUGUUGAAAGUUAGUGUUAAAAAUGAUAGAAGUAUUCUAAUUUUUACAAUUUGAAAUUAUAAUCCCAUGUGUUGUUAUGUUGCGAAAGUAAACAUUCUCGGUUUUUCAUUCUCUCAUUGGUUGUGAUGCAGCAUUAUACUAGAAUGCCUAGAGUCGGUAUCCAAACUUGUUUACUGACCAUAGAAUUUAAUGUACAAUUACAGUAUGUGCGUACAUUGGACCCACAUUUUAAAUUUGCAUUUUGGUUUUCUGGUUCCAAUUUAGUAAUAAAAAAAAAAACUGUACAAAUUAAUUGAGAGAACACUAGAAAAAUGUAUUAUCAAAUUUUAAACACCAAAACUGUAAAUCCUGUAAAUAUGAAAUUGAUAUUUGGUAGCAAUAAUUUCAGAUGUUUGCUUAGGUAAUUUCAUUCUAUAUCAAAUAUAUAUUUAUUAAAUUAUAAUACAGUAAACUGUAGACUUCAACAAAUACAUACUCGCCAUUUAUCUCCAAACUAAGUAGGAAGAGACCAUUAGUUAUGUUGUCACUUACAAACACUCUCGUAUGUUUUUGAAGUUAGAGAACCAGCACAUCCAUUUUCUUGCGACAGGUUUGAAAUUGUUGCAAGGUUAAUUAUUUUAGUAGACAUGUAAGGAAGAUGUACACAGUACUCUACCAUCUUUAUUUUCUAAUACAUAUUUGUUGUACGCAGAGCUGGAAAAUAGUAAGAAAAUAUUCCAGCCCCUUCACCAAAAACAAUUACAUAAUAAAUUAAACUUAAAGAUUCUACUACUGUAUAGUAUUUUCAUAACAUAGUGUAGAGUCUAUGGUCUAGUGGUUUGAUACCAGAUUAAUAUCUCUGAAAGUCAUGGGUGCAAUCCAACUCAAGAUAACUUAAAUUUUGAGAUAUUACAAUAGGUAUUCGGUGCGAUAAAGCCGGGUUCCUUUAAAAUUGCUACAGUUUUUUACUGCAGUCAUUGCGCUAGCGUAGCAGGCUCCCCGAUACAACCAAACAAUCACCAAAAGCUGUUGGCGAUAGUGCAUAGCGAUUGUAUGGAAACCAUGUUUAACAUGUCACGUUAGGCAAACAUGUCAUCCUUAUUAUAGUCUAAACUAAUAUUAAAUUAUUUUUCAAACAAUUUUUUAUUGUUCUAUCUGAAUUGAAACUACCAUUCAGAAAUGUUUGUCAUCAUCAAUUAAAGUUAGUAUACACAUUUAGAAUUUCAUGUAUUUCUUUAAUUUAUACAGUUGUUUUUCAAUUGUAUUAUUUAUGGAAGCAAUUGUAAACAACAGCUAUAACAAAUAUGAAUAUAUCAAUUUGUCAAUGAGCAUUCUGGCUGGAUUAUAUAUGAUCAAUCAAUCAAUAUCUAUAUUACGCAAUGAGUGUUGUUAUGCACAAACUGUCGCCUCUAAUUUAAUUCACUAAAACUCAGUAAUCACAAAAAAAUAUUUCAGAACGAUAAUAAUAAUGAUAAUACAGGAACGAUUAAUGCUCAUUAAGUUUUACGAGUAUCUUUCAAAGUUCAGUAUAUCAUCUUGUUCAAGUAGGGAAUAAUUAAGCUUACUUAUCUUUUAUAAGAACAAAAGUAUGUUGUGAUCCUCAAAAAAAAAAAUUUGAACAAUUCAGAUAACCUAUUUGAAUGUUUGAUAGAGCCUGAAUUAAAACUUUUUGAGUGUAGAAGUUUCUUUUACUUUUGUUUAAACAAAAAUGUGCGCUGACACUUUUAAAUACAGAUUCACAAUACUGCCAUGAUUUGGCGAUGUCUCCACUCCGUCUCCUAGUUGGUAUUCUUUAUAUUCUUAUAAUUUAUAAUAAAAUCUCCGUUGGAUUUAAUUCUAGCGUUUAUACCGUACAAGGUUUACUUGAUAUAUUGAAAUUCUGAGUUUUAUUAGAUCCAUCUGUGUAAGAGUCAUGCAGAAGUAGGUUGAACAAUGAAUUGGUAUUAUCUUACAAUUAAAAUGUAGACAAUGUUGAUUUGGGGUUCAGGAAAAGAUAGAGCAAAUUUAAUCACCAUUGGUGCAAUCAUCAUUAUUAAUAUUUUGGUUGAUUUGUCAUCUUAUUAUUAUUAUCAUUAUCUGUAUCGAUGUGAGUUUGUGUCAGGAAAAUAUAAUAGGAGUUAUGUUUUUGUCUACCUGACAUGUUAUUGUACCGAAUACUCAGUACGCUCCCAAACACUUGUGAAAAGUAUGGCACCAGGCUAGUUAUCUAGAGGUCGUGGGUUUGAUCCUACAGAACCCAAAUUUUUUCGUAUGUAUUUGGGAACGUACUGAGAAUUCAGUACGGGAACACGUCAGGCAGAACAAAACAUCACUCCUAUUAUCAUUAUUAUUGUUGCUGUUAUUAUUGGUUAUUUUGUGUAUUAUUUUGAUUCAUAUAGUUUUCCUCUUUUAUUUAUCAACAGUAUUCCAGAUAUUGUAAGCAUCAUCACUAAUAGUACGAAAUACCUGACAAAUAUAAGUUAUAUACGUUAUUGUUAUUAUUAAAUUAUUAUAUUUUACCUCAUUUUAGCAUUUGCAGAGAUAAUCAAUUAUCAUCUGAUUACCAAGUUUCCUGACCAUUAUAGAUUAUCGUAAACCAGCGUGGCAUAAUAACAUACAGUAAUAGUGCCUGCUGGCUUUAUAGCGGCUCACUUCAUAUUUUGUUAGCUCACAUCCAUCUCUGUCUGUGUGUUUAUAAUAAGCUUUCGCUUGUAACCUCAGAUCUACAGUAUAUUGACUUGGUGACAUUCAAAAUGUUUUUAAUCCAGAAGGUUUAUGCUACUAUUCUUAACAACUCGAGAAAAGUUGCUUUAACAAACUCUCCUACAAUUAUGUUUACAUGCAACUAAAGUUGUGUUACCUUAAAGGGAAAAAAAGCUUACUGGAUUAUUCAUUUAUGAAACUCUAUAUUUCAGAAUUUUUGAUGGUAGAAUUUUUAAUAAAACAUGUAUACUUUGAUGGGAAAACAGUAAGAUUUUAAAAGUUCUGAAGACAAAAGUAAUAGACCUGAUCUCUUUUGUUUUAUGGGCAGUUGUGCAGGCAACACAGCAAUUUCCAAUGAUAAAUAUUUUAUUCAAGAUUAAAACUAAAGUGACAUUUUGUUCUCUUUUUUCUUAAAGUUUCAUUUAUCAGUUAAUGUUUAUUAUUCUGUGCUUGUUAAUUUAAGAUAUCAUUUAUGAUAAAUGUACCAUUAAGAUAAUUAUAUUGUCACAUAAAUAGUGAAAUGUAAUGAUUAUAUAACUGUAUUUACCUUAAUUUACAUUAUUCUAGACUAUAUUCAGUUCAUAAGCAUUGGACAAACCUUGAAAUAUAAAUGUUACAAAAUAUUUACUUUUACUGUGCUCUUGUGAGUGCAAAUUUAAACAGUAAAGGGCACUACACAUGUACAUGUCAUUGUUAACACAUUUUUAAAGAAAUCUAUAAAUAUUAUGCAGAUAAGAACAUUUUGUGGAUGACAUUCUAUGCAAUUGAGAUAUCAAAUAAACUCAAUUUACGGAAAGCCCAA